GUUCAUGGUGUAACUGUAGCCAGAAAUAUUGAUUAACCAGUGACUGGACCUUCCAGACAUGGGUGCCUUUGUACUAAAAUCACUUGAGACACAUUCACUGCACUUAGGUGAUAUCCAUUUCACAAAUUGUGCAGUUGCUGCAACCAUCUGGCUGGACCGCUUUUGAAUUAGAUCGGUCACUUUAAAAGAGGGGAAAUAUUUAUGCAGUAACUUAUUUUACAUGAUAUAUUUUUAUUUAAUUGUAUAAAUCUGUUUUUACUUUCACAUUAAAGAAAAUUUUUUUCAGGUAAGUUCUUGUCAUAAAAGCUAAAAGAUAUCAAAGGAGAGCCAAAAAAGGAGAAAACAUCCAAAUGGCAUUUUAUGUUUUCCUGAUAAACCUUCAGUAGGGUUCCCAAGGAUGUUAUUUUUACAAGACCCAAGCAAUAAAAACAUUGCUGCCUAUAAAGCACCCUCUCCUAGUGCACUUGCACCCCCAAUAGCUGCCUAUCCCACUAGGACACCCCCAGGCAUCCUCUGUCCAAGCACUGAUGGGUCUGAUCUGCUCUCAAGCCACAAGGAGGCACAACACAAUAUUAGGUGGCUGUAAUCUUUCUGUUUUAAUUGUAAAUUCAGUGUGACACUAAACGGCCCUCAUAGUGUCAUUAUCUCACUGAGAGACUGAGAUUGUGCAGCCUAAAUCCAUCUCUGCUACCACUUUCUGUCUUGACCAAGAAAAGGAGAUCACAGCACGCCACAGAUCACACCACUCGACAAAUUUAGUUUUCCGGGGGUGGAUAUAAGCGCCUUCAUUUGGUCGAGUUCCAGAAGGACCACGCCAUCCAAUGGGAUUAGAAGUUGGUUCAGAGAGCUCUGGGAUUGGUUGAAAAGCCAAUACAACAUUUUCCAGAUUGCACCUCCCACAUGGGGUGACCAAAGGCUUAGUGUGAGCCUGAUUAGUUCUGUAGCCGAUGGGUACAAGAUGUCAGUGAAGACGAGCACCCAAACAAAUGCAUGGACAUAGACAUACUUCUGUACCAGUUCCAGAAAAGAUGGUGGCCACUGUGCACACCUUGCUCACCUCAAGUAAACAUGUUCAACCUGAUGAGCAACUGCUGCAACUGGGUCUCCAAAAUACAGGAGCCAAUCAGGAAAGUGACCAUUCUUGUGGUUGGUCUUGACAAAGCGGGAAAAACAUCCUCCAUCAGAGGCAUGCUAAGAGUCGCCAAUGUUGUCGAAUCAGGAUCCACACAUGGCUGCAUUAGACAUGAGCUGAGGGUGGAGAAUUACCUGGUCACACUCUUGGAUGUUGGAGGAUCAGCAGAGUCCCGUGGCACCUGGAGGGAGCUCUAUGGAGAGGCUCAUGGCAUCAUCUUUGUUGUGGACUCUGGUGACAGGCAGAGGAUAAAGGAAGUCAGGGAGGUUCUUUCGGACCUGUUGAAGCAGCCGAGGGUAGCAGGAAAACCUCUACUAGUAUUGGCCAACAAACAGGAUAAAAUGAAUGCUUUGCUGGGUAGUGAAUUGAUUGAGAUAUUGUCUUUAGAGAAGUUGGUCAACCAGAGCCGCUCUCUGUGCCAUAUUGAGCCUUGUUCAGCCUUAAUGGACCUGCGGCGCUGGUCAGACAGAAAGACUCUGCGAGGUCUUCGCUGGUUGCUGCGAGCUGUUUGUCUGGAUUAUCCAGAGCUGUGUGCUCGUGUAGCUCAGGACAGCAAAAGGCCUCUGGAGCCAAGAGAGAGGGAGAGGAAUGGAAAAGCAGAGAAAGUGCAAAGAAAAACCAAGGUCGAACGAAUAAGAUCCAGCAAGUCAGAUCUGCGCAAGGUUCAUCGGCCCAAAGACAAGGAGAAAAAACCCAAGAGCGAAGGAAAGCUGCAACCCAUUCGGAAUAUGCUGCAAAAGGACACUUCGCUGAAAAAGAAGCUAAAGACAAAGAAGAAGAAGAAGACAGUUAAGGUGAAGGAAGGUGAAAAAGAUGAGGGACCGCCGAACGAAGAGGAAGAGGACGGUGACGCCAAUGAAGGAGAGCAAGAUAACUCUGGUCACAGAGACAAAGCCAGCAGUGCUCUGAUCCCUCCAAAAAAGGACAAACUUAAACGCAAAACAAAGGUGAAAGAAGAGACGCUGGAUGUGCCAGAAUCACCAGAGAAUGACGAGAAACCACUGAAAGUUAAAGGAGAAAAGAAGAAGAAGAAGAGAGUUGUGAAAGUGAAAAGAAAAAACAAGAUCAACACAGAGGAGAUGCCAGCAGCUUAUUCGCAGCCCGUGGACCUUUCUGCAACCUUUGAUCUUUACCGGAAAGCAAUACUAGCUCUGAAAGAGCGUCAGGAUCAGGGACAGUGAGAGUGAAUCGUGCGUGUGUCCUGCCACCUGAGUGUGAGGAUGUGGGUCCACAGCAGACGUACACAACACAUUGCAUCCCUUCACACACACACUACUAUUUCUGUAUCUCUUUCCAUAUUGUAGACUUUCAACCUGAUUCCUGAACCUUUGGAGGGAAUUUGCAGACUCCGAAGUGUAGUGAAGGGCAGGUCUGAAGAGUUGUGCUUUGAUAAAAUAAUAUCACAUUGUAAAAAUAAAAUGUGUUAAAUAUAAACUUGUGUACACGGCCAAUACAUCUAAGAGGAUUUUGUUUAUAUACAUUUUUGCAGUUUUGAAUGAAAAGAAAACUGGAUUUUUAAACUGUUUGUCUGUUUUGUUUUUUGUAAUUAUUGUUUAAACAUUUUCCCAUAAUAAACAGUGUACUGGGGAACGUUC